AUGGUCAUUGAUGGCAAGUGCCUAGAACUUGCGCUGGAGCCGCAGAACGAGAAGGACUUCGUGGCCAUCUGUCGCACAUGCACGACCGUGAUUUGCUGUCGGGUGUCUCCCAAGCAGAAGGGUGCAGUCGUCCGUCUCAUCAAGCAGGAGGAGAAGGCCAUCACUCUGGCAAUCGGUGAUGGCGCCAACGACUGCAACAUGAUCAUGAGUGCAGAUGUCGGCAUCGGUAUCCGCGGACUCGAAGGCCUGCAAGCCUUUAAUGUCAGCGACUAUGGCAUCUCUCAGUUUCGUUUCCUUCAGUACAUCCUCUUGGUUCACGGUCGAUGGUGCUACCGAAGGAUAGCCAUCCUCGCGAACUACAUGUUCUACAAGAACUUUGUCUGCGUGCUGCCGCAGUACUUCCUAGGUGCAGUCUCGGGAUUUUCUGGACAGAAGUUGUACAAUGACAUCCUUUAUCAGGGAUACAACGUGUUCUUCACAUUUAUCCCGAUCAUGGUGUUUGCCGUCUUGGACCAAGACGUGCCGAAGAAG